CAGUGAUGUAUAGCCCUGUGUCCAGUAUCCCCACCAGUGUUAGCGUCCAGUUUGAUCCUUAGUCUAGUAUCCCCUGCGGUUAUGUAUAGCCCUGUGUGCAGUAUCCCCACCAGUGUUAGCGUCCAGUUUGAUCCUUUGCCUGGUAUCCCCUGCACUGAUAUAUGGCCCUGUGUGCAGUACCCUGUCCAAUGUGUAUGCCUAGUAUGAUUCUUUGUUAAUAUCCUCUGCAGUGAUAAAUGUCCAGCAUGUGUUUAUUGAUCUAACCUGGUGUGGUCACCUCCUGUUGUAAAGUACAGACAGUGGUCAGUUUAUCCUGUAGUGAGGUCAGACUCAUAUUGAUUUUGUGGUGUGUAUUUAAUUAAUUUCUUCAAAUGUGUACACACCUAUAUAGAGUUAGCAGAUCACGUUGACCUGUUAGUGCUGUUCAUGCCAUUCUGACAAACUAGACUGUACAGAUUACAGAACGUCAAACAUGGAGACAGUCGACUUGAAUAUGGAGGACAUUUUUGAAGACCAUGAUGAGGAUUUUCCAUCUGUGGGUCCAUUGCAAGACCUACCAGAGGAAGAUGGGAGUAUGGCUCAGCAUGAUGAUGAGAAUGGGGACGAUGCAGAAAAUAGUGAAGUUCUUUCAAAGCUGAAAGAUUUAUCCAAAGGAGCAGCUAAAAAAGUAGUUAGAAAACCGAUGCCAAAACUGGACGCUACAAGAUUGUGUGGUGAAAGAGGAAUUCCUAUUCUUCCCAAAACAUUCCAGGGAGUCAAGUUUAAGGGCAAAGGUCAUGAGGCUAAAGACUUAGGAGUAAUUAUGAAGUACCUAGAACAUUGGGCUCACAGACUCUUUCCUAAAAUGCCAUUUGAUGAAGUUUUGGAAAGGAUAGAAAGACUGGGUACCAAAAAGGAAGUACAGUCAUGUAUAAAGAAAAUGAGACUUGACAUGCCAAUUCUGUCCAGUGACUUUGUCCAGGAGGCUGACGAAGAAGAUGAGGAUGGAAUGACCAGUGGAACAAACCAGAAUAGUGGUACACAACCUGGCUUAGAUCGAGAUGCUGAAGAUGUUUGGGAUGAAAUGAUCCGCGAGGAAGAAGAGGCAAUGAAGAACAGACCUACACCUGUGAAAACGUCACAUCUCAUGACAGCUUUGUCCCAGUCAGACACGCCCUCAUCCCACAACACAGACAACAGCCACACCCCCUCCACCCCUCACACACCCAGUAGCAAUGGCAGCUGCAGUCUGGCAAUGGGCCUGACUCCUGAACAGGUGGAGAGAAUGGAGAGGAAUAAAAGACUAGCUAUGGAAAAACGUAACAAAGGAAAUGCUGUGUUUAAAAUUCCUGCCACACCAACAUCUGUCAAUGGAUCCCCUAUCAGAAAAACCAAGACCACACCUGCCACAAUAUCAAACUCGGACCUCACACAGGAAAACGGAAUAUCAUCAACCUCUGCAGGCAGUGAUGUGAUGAGCAAGAUCAUUACUCAGCAAGACCAUGUAAACUCACACAAAAACAGUAAUGUCACUCCAGCCACUGAUGGAUCAGUGGGUAAUGACACUGAUAUGAGCAAUGUUUUCUCAGUUAUUGACAAUUUCAAAGUGAACCAGAGUGAAGUCAACAGCAGCACUUACAACUCUAGUCAUGAAAUGAGUGAAGUUAUCCCACUUGUGAGCAAUAUAGGGGGAGAUAAUUAUUCUGGUGACUGCAGUCCAUCUAAAAUGAGAAAGACUGAUGACAUAUAAAAGUAUUGUAUUAGUAUGUAUGGAAUUUAAUAUAUAUUUAUUGUUUUAUCUUAUGUUUGCCCUCUACAAGAUGCAGCUGGAGAUUCUUUGUAAUUGGAAACUCCAUAAAAGACCUUUCAGAAUUUGGAAAGUCUCAAAGGUCAGUCAUUUUACUUAGGCUCGUAUGAUGUCACUAUUUGUUUCUGGUGAUAAUGAUAUUUAAGAAAAUCAUGAAAAGUGUCCCAUUUAAGACAACAUUGUGGCUUGAUCCAUCGAAUCUAUUGUCCUUGUCGUCAUCGUCAUCCUAUUUUCUGAAUGCACAUUUUGGCUGUGAUGAUGACCUGAUCACUAUAUACCUUGUUCUGCCUUAACACAACUCAUGUACAGUGAAACUGAUGUUAUUUCACCAUAGAAAUAUUUCAUUAAUAUAGGGUUUAAUGGUUACAAGGUUAUUACAUUUUGUUUUUAAGGAAACCAUAAUUUCUCUAUUAUUGUGUAUUGUUCAUUGGAACUGAUCACCUGGUGCUGUACUUACCCGGUUUUUGUUUCAAAGGUAGGAAAGUAAAUGUAUACUUUGUUAAAUAAACAUAUAUAUGGAUUGAAUGUAUGAAAUUAGUAGCUGGUAUGAUUUGGUUUUGAUGGUGUUUCGAGAGAACAGAAUUCCCUUCUCAUGAAGUAGCUAAACAUAUAAUUAAGAAAAUUAUGCAGUGGAAUUAAUGUGCUUAGAACCUUAGAAAAGAAUCUGUGCCUGCCCCUUAGUCCCUCAACCUAAAACCAUUUACAGUUGCUGGACAUGAACUAUUUGACAAGCUCAUGCUGCAAGGGCUAGCCAUGUGUUGGGGUCCUACCAUAGGAAUAGCUUCUCCACAUGCAUGCAAUGGCUGAUAAUGAAGAGAUAAAAUCAGUCAUAUAACAGUGAUUUUUUCUAGCUUCUGAUGGCAUAAAAUACAUCCAAUAAAUUACAUUGCUUGCUGAAAAUGAACACAACAUUGUCACAAGGAUUGUUAAACUCUGGCCCUUCUCUAUGGGAGCUAAGAUCACGACUAAAGAUAUAGUACAUAUUAUGCUAUUGAUACCCUUGGUCUUUAUAUUCAAGGAACCAAGAGUUCUUACAUUACUCAAUACUUGUAGGUAUGGAGGUAAUUAGUUUCAUAAUAAAUGUUUAAUGUUUGGUAUCUGGUUAUAUAUGUCUGAAUUGAUCUAUUGGUUUGAUUUUUGUGGAACUGCUCUGAUUUCAUCCCUCGUGACUGCUGACAUGUCACUCCUGUGACUGUUAAAGGUUUCAUCCCUCCUAUAACUGAUCACUCUAGUCACUCAUGACUGUUAAAGAAUUCGUCCUACCUGUGACUUAUUUCCUUGUCACUCCUGUGACCGUUAAAUGUUUCAUCAAUCGUGUGACUGAUCAUUU